AUCGAUCGCACAAGCUAGCGAGCGGUCGCGCGGUCACCGCAGUCGAACGAAAGCACCCCGCACGAGAUUAGUCUUGAACGCACGCUCGGUACGAUUAAAUCGAUUCGUAGCCGAUUCCAUCACCUGUGGGUGUUUUAGUAGUGCGCAGGAGGCUUGCUGCUGCUGCUGCUGCUGGUGUGUGGUGACUGUGCGAAGUAAGAGAUGCCUUCUGCUGUACCGUGCUAUAGCAUCUGAAUCUGUGUGUAAGCGAGCGGAUCAGGACUAGAGGAUUUGGGAGCUUGGGGAGAUUAAGGACGCUCCAAAAUGAGCUUCGGACAGCGCAAAAACUUUACCGUGCCGGUGGAUGCAGAAUCGCCCGAAGCACGAGACGAUGCCAAGCUGCUCCCGCUGGGACCGUUCGACAAGAUACCGCCGAUCAUAAUCGACGGACAGGAUCCACCCAAAACACCGAUCACACCGACCACGCCGAUCAUUUACUGUCCGCAGUCACCGUCGGCGACUAGCAAAAGGAGUCGAGCAUUACGACCGGGAACGACGCGAAAGUACCGUCGACGGGCGAUUCUGAAGAAUGGCGACUGCAACAUUGUCCUCUCGAAAGUCUCCCGGCAAAGGCUACGCUUUCUGCAAGACAUUUUCACCACGCUGGUCGAUGCGCAGUGGCGCUGGACGUUGCUCGUGUUUGCGUUCAGCUUCAUCGGAUCGUGGCUGUUUUUCGGAGCUAUCUGGUGGCUGAUCGCGUUCACGCAUGGCGAUCUGGAGGAGAUGCAUUUACCGAAAAAUCAAGAGGAAUCGGGCUGGAAGCCUUGUGUGUUCAACAUCGAAUCGUACACAUCCGCUUUUCUGUUUUCGAUCGAGACGCAAACGACGAUCGGAUACGGUUACCGAACAACGACGGAAGAGUGUCCCGAAGCGAUCUUCAUCAUGUGCUUCCAGUCGAUCUACGGUGUCAUGAUGCAGGCGUUCAUGGUGGGCUUUGUGUUUGCGAAGAUGACCCGUCCGAAGCACCGCACCCAGACGCUACUCUUCUCGAAGCAUGCCGUCGUUUGUCAGCGGGACGGUGAGCUGAGUUUGAUGUUCCGCGUGGGGGAUAUGCGCAAGAGUCACAUCAUUGGAGCAAACAUACGUGCGCAGCUCAUCCGCACGAAGCUGUCCCGCGAGGGCGAAGUGAUGGCCCAGUAUCAGCACGAGCUGGAAGUGGGCGCGGAUCAUUGCGGUUCGGAUCUGUUCUUCAUCUGGCCGCAGAUUGUGACGCACCGGAUCAAUACGGAAUCUCCGUUUUACAACAUGUCGGCGUCGGAUCUGCUACAAGAUCGGUUCGAGAUUGUCGUCAUCCUGGAGGGUACGGUGGAGUCGACGGGCCAAUCGACUCAGGCGCGGUCGAGCUACGUCAACACGGAGAUCCUGUGGGGUCACCGGUUCGAGCCGAUCGUGUUCUACAACAAGGAGAACCAGGUGUACGAGAUCAACUACAGCAAGUUUAACGAGACGCACUCCGUCGAUACGCCGCUGUGCUCGGCCCGUGAGCUGGCCGAGUUUUACAAGUACCAGGACGACUAUCGCAACCAAGAUCAGUCUGAAGUGGGCUCGACAAAGUCAAUGUUUGAAAGACGUUGGCACCAGCAUUACACCAACACCGUCCGAACGCUCAGUUCGAUCUACGCAGAAGACGAACGCCAGUCGUCCGUGGGAGUCCAGGCGCGCUACCUGACAAUCCAGGGUGUCCCCCGGAGGCCCCGGUCCUACCAGCAGCUGGAGAGCAAUCUGCGCAAUCUCUUCAAUCCACCGUCGGUCACAGUUUCGCCCUCAUCGACCAGCUCCAUCCGUAUCGAGAGUCCGUAGCGAUGCGACACAGGUUCUGUGCGCGCUUUGGAACGGUCCAACUAGUCCCGGGUGUGCCGACGGUUCCGGCUCAGUUACCACUGGUUGCUUUUGUUUUGUUUUUUAGUGUAGUUGUAGUUUAACCUUCGUUGGGAUCCGUUCCGUUUUUAACGAUUGCAUCCUAUGAAUCUUGCGUAAUCAUCAUCUGCUGCAUAUUUAUGAUAGGCUUAGGCGCGUAACGAUACUCCUCCGAGACGUUUCAUUCCGUUGAAGGGGUGCGCUAGGCCCCCGUGUAUGAGUGUGAGAAUAAUCAUUCCCUGUAUUAAACGAUAUAAAUUCACAAAUUGAACUCAUUCAACGCUAA